AUGAAUUCUUUAAAUAAUAGAGACAAACAAAUCAAUACAAUUCCUAUCGAAGAAACAACGGAUGAUAUAUCAAAAGAUUAUAAAGGAAUAUAUUGGCGAAUUUUGUUUCUUAAUUUAGUUGUCUUUUGGGCAUAUCAAUCAUUAAUGUCUGCACAAAAUUAUUAUAUAAAAUAUUUUCCCAAUGAUCAUAUAGAUUUUUGGGGAACUGUAUCAUCUGGUACAACAAUGUUUAUUUGUCAUAUAAUUCAAUUAAUAUUUGGUUUCUAUAAAUAUGGGUUUACAAAACGUAUCAUACCCGGUUAUAUUGGUUAUAUAAUAAUGGCUAUUUUAGUUAUGUCUUGGAAAAAUUCAAUUGUAUUAAUAGUUGCUUUUGGAUUUGUUGGAGGUAUUAAUACAUUAACUGAAUCUCCUAUAUAUGCUAUUGCUGGAUUAUUUCCAAUUGGUUCAUUUACACAAGCUGUUCAAGUUGGUGCCGGUCUGGCUGGAUUUUUAAAUGUUAUUGUAAAUACAUUAAUACGUUUAAUUGUUUUACUUGUACAUAGUCAUAUUGAUCAGGAUCAAUUAUCAUUUUAUAUAUUUAUGGGUGUAUUAAUAAUAUUAUGUCUUUUAGCUAUUUAUGUUUAUUAUAGUUUAAUAAAUAUUCCUUCAAUGAAGAUAAGAAUAAAACAACAAAUGACUUCAUUUGAAUGUAAAACUCGUAAUGAAAAUAUUGAAUUACAUUUUAUUAAAAACGAACUUUCAUUUUGGUCAUUAACAAAAAUUUUAAAAACUCAUUUACUUAUUUUAAUUUAUGUCUUUUUUAUAACUUUAUUAUUAUGGCCAGGUAUUCCAUGUAAUGCAACGAAUAAUGGUUGGUUUAAAUAUAAUGGUCAUUCUUGGUGGUGUUCACCUUUUAUUAUUGGAACAUUUAAUCUUGGAGAUUUAAUUGGUCGUAUAUUAGCUAUGAAAGUUCAUAAAUAUUUUUCAAAAAAUAUUUGUUUAUUUUUAUCAAUUCUACGAACUUUAUUUAUUUUAAUAAUAUUCUUUCGUCAUAGUAUAGAUAAUAUACUUCUUCUUGUUUUAAUAACAUUAUUAGGAAUUACAAAUGGUCUUGUUGCAACUGUUACUUUUAUGGUUCGUCCGCAAACAAUUGUUGGAGUUAAUAAUUGUGAAAAAGCUGCUUAUUUAAUGACUACUGCAUUAUACUUUGGAAUUGCAAGUGGAUCUAUUGUUGCAGCUAUUUUAGCAGUAACCCAUGUAGUUUAA